AUGCAUGGUACCUCACUCCAUCGUCCCGACACGGGGGUGUCUGUGCGUCGGCCCCCACCGCCUAUCCAAACGGCCCUGGACAAGGACUUGGCCGAGGACGAUAUGUUAGAUGUUGAGCCUCUGUCUCUUCCGAGUGUGUUAAGUCCCCUGCAAAGAAAAUUUCCCCGCAAGGAGUCCCCGUCGGUGGCGACGGAUCAUCCGCUCGAUGAGAAACGAGAGAUACCCGCGGAAAAAGCCGACAAGCAGCCAAAGUUUCGGAGUAACCGUGCCUCCAGGCCGCCCUAUCUCAACCUGCCACCUGAAUGGAAGCAGGGGCAUCCAGCCCUCACGGUCUCUGCUGUGUUGUCGCGCUCAGGGCAGCUGCACCCGCUGCCAUCGCGUCAGGGAAGCACAAGCGAUACAAAUGUCCCUUGGAGCGACUAUUUCCAAACAUGGGAGAAAGAGAAUACCUCACCCAAACAGAAUGAGAACGAUGAUACCCUUCUGUCUACAUUGCCCGCUACUGUUCGUGACCUUGUCAGUACCAUUAUGAAAGGCACCGGUCAAGCGUCCGACAAGAAACGAGCGGGUCAGCAUCACACGGGUAGCGCCCUUGAAGCUAUUGGUGCGCUCUUUCUUCGCCAAGACAGCGGUGGACGUCUCGCGUAUUUAAGUUCGAACCGCAGUUGGUCAAGAUCGACGUCCUCUUCGAGGUUCAGUCUUCCGUAUUGGCUCUUUAUCCCUGAAUUGGGCCCCUGGAUUCCGUCCUUGCAUCAAUGGCGUGUGCACUUCACCGAGUGGCUAGCCCGCCAAUGGAGUAACAGCCAACCCCGCGCGCUGUUCUCCUCGGCACAACAUAGCAGGGAGCACGACCUUCCCGGGACGCCCCUGAUGAUGCCUGGCGGCUUUCUGCUGGACAACGACGACUUUCAGAUGCUACCGCCUCCCCUUCUUGAUGACAGCAGCGAUGCGCGCAGCUUUGAGGGCCUGUUGGGCGUGCGUCGAAUGCGUGAACAACUCGCGCGAAGCCAAUACCUCGACCAGCUCCGCCUCGCGAACCGACCAGCUCACCGUGUGGAUACAUUUACGGCUUUUUUCAAUUUUGUGCGCUCUGCUCAGGCGUCCGAGUCGCGUCGCCAAAAAUCGCGUGGCCAUGCCGCUCAAGCCCCUGUGUCUGAGCUACCCGCGGUGCCGUUAGGGAAGCGCAGGUAUUCAGGGUCUCAUGUGACAGAGGAAGCAGUAAGUUCGGCUCUUCCUGAACGAUCUGCGCCUAUACGUCGCUCAGCGCCUGCCAUUUCGGCAGAGAACUUAGCUGACAGUGCCCCGGAGUUUGAGCCCACGACGGAGGACGUAGCGCCGUCACCCGGUGCCAAGGGGCGGCUGACGCCUCUUUCCCUGCUGGAAAGCACCACGCCCCUGCGUGGCUCGCCCGCCUCUUUUACACCCUCGCAGAAGUCGGAGAACACGACGCCCACGUGGAAGAGCGAGACAAGCCUAAGCCAUGCGUGGGUGGCCAUUUCAUUCUUACUGGCCUAUGUGACCUUUGUACCUGACUUUGUCGUAUUUGUGCUUGCCCAUCUUCUCGAUGUGCUGAUGGAUGCGUAUGAGUGCGCCACGUACCUGUUUUGGUUCUUGGGUUGGGCAUGGAAGAAUAUGACUGGGCAGACCAUCUUGGGCCGCAUUGUCAUUGACAGCUACUUUAUGUUCCAGAACGAGUGGGAGCAUGUGGUCCGUGAGGACCACGAGGGGACUGGCGACCCGAUGCGUCGCUUUCUGGGGAUCCCUCUGUUUCCGCGUCCGCGUGGGCUGAGCACGGUGCAGGUUUUACGGAGCAUACUUGAGCUGGCGUGCAUUCAGGCGGUAACGCGAAGGCAAUAUGAGCACGAGGGAGCAGGCCUCGUUCGUAUGACAUGGCAGCGCUCCGAGCCAUCGCCGGGGCGGUCGACUGAGCCGAAAUCGCGCAUGAAUGCGAAUGACGACGAGGAUGACGACAAGGAUUUGCUCGUCACGAGCCAGUCCGUUGAUAUUCUUGAACUCUCGCGUGUAAAGCCGUCCCGUUCGGACGAGCGCGAGCGCGACUCGCCGCAGGACGCCGCGGCGAUUCUCUGGGACGAAGAUGGGGCGGCCCUGGUGCGGAACAUCAAGUGGGCUGGUCAGCUAGCCAUGUCGGCCUAUGGCCUGCGUGUGCUGAUUGUGGAUUUGCCGCCGGUGUUCACACCCUCGGGCCGCGAGCUGCCGCGACAGACGUUUGCGCAUCUGACGCGUCUAGAUGCGGACGACGUGUUGCAUGCAGAUAUCCAGACGCUGGACAUGGAGGCGACGUACCUGCCAACUUUUUAUGUGGUGCGUGAUCUGAGACGCAAGGUCGUGUGUGUGGCCGUACGGGGCACCCAAAGCUUUGCGGACAUUGUGGUGGACUUGGACAUGAAGACGGAGGACAUCACCGCGUCGCUUGCCGAAUGGCGCGGCAUGGAGUUGGACCCCAGUGCGGAGCGGUAUGCGUGCCAUGCGGGCAUCUGGCGAGCAGCCAAGACGCUCGUGUCGCCGGGCUCGACGCUGUUCCAGAAACUGUGUGAGACGCUCAACGAGCACAAAGACUUCGGCCUGGUAUUUGUGGGCCACUCGCUGGGUGGAGCUAUUGCGAGUGCGGCGGCGAUUAUGCUGUCCGAAUACCAUCUGGAGAAUCCUGAUGUCGAUCCGCGCCAGGGCUGCUGGCGGACCACGGCACAGGAUGGUUUUCCGGCGGGGCGCCCGAUCCGGGCUGUCACGUUUGGACACCCGUCGACGCUCUCGCACACGCUGCAGCGGCGUACAUCGUAUGGCCAUGUGCCGCUCGUCACGACCGUCAUUCUGGGCAGUGAUAUCAUCCCGCGCUUCGGGCAUGGCCAGGUACGCGAGCUGCGGCGUGUGCUGGGCGCUCUGACGCGCGUCCGUCGCCGCCGCGGGAGGGUGCUGGCGCCCACGCAGAAGCGCGAUGACGACGACAUAUCCAUGCAUAUCCUGCGCCGGUUCUGGGACUGGAGCUCGAUUUGCCGCACGAAGAACCCCGAUGCCGUGAUGCUGAACCGCAAGGCCCGGCUUGAGGCGCUGUUCUGGCGGCUGCGCUGUGCAGUAGAGAACGAUCUGUUCUCGCAGGCCAAGCAGCGCUUUGACCAAGCCGUCGCACAGCAAGCACUUGCGCGGCACACGCCCCUCUCGCCGUGGAUCCCGGCGUCGAGCCACGCGGACGUCCCCCUCCACACCUUAUCGAGUCGCCGGCAGCGUCUGGACUAUGCGACACUGCGCAGCGAGACGGCACAGGGUGGUGUGCUGGUGCCGGCCGGCCGAGUGGUGUGGCUCUCUCAAGGCGAGCUAUACGAAAUUACGAACCCGAUGGCCUUUUUCAGCCUACCUGACCUGCAUGUGAGCAUGUUUGCGGACCACUUUCCGGCCGCCACCACCGGCAAGGUACUCGCUGUCCAUCAGGUUGUCUGCCGCUGCUCCGGGAACGAGUCCUUCAUGCUCGAUCCGGCUGGGGCAGCGCCCAGGACCCUGGCCUCGUGCCACGAGUGCGAGGCGUCCUUACUAUGUGCGGCGGACACCACGCUGUGCUUCGACCCAGCGUGUACGCUUCCGCCGUGCGACCAGGAAGACCAUGUGUCCAAGGCCCUGACGUUUGGCGUUCUGCCCUGCCCCUGCACGCAUGACAUGUGCUGCCCCCCGGGGCGCGACCCGGCGCCGACGGGCCUUUGCCCCAGUGAUCCGGCGCUGCACGCGGCCUGUACGUCAGCAUGCUCGUACGAUUUGUACGCGCUCGGCAUCGACACACAUUGUCACAUGCCUGUCGCCCAGGGCUGGGAUCCAUCGCUCGCGCAUGCAGGUGCCUGCGUGAGUGUAUGCGAUGGCUUCGUAACGCCGUCCGCCACAUCGCUGGCCCCUGACGACCCAUCCGCGCUCGACAUGAUGCAUGCGCGACAGCUCUUGGACCACUGCUGCGCAUACUGCCCACCAAAAGGCGCAUCGUGUGCGCUUCCUGCGGCAGCCGCCCUGUCUGAGGCCAAGACGCCCGCGUUCCGUGCGUCGGACGGCUCGGUAUCGAGUGAGACGGCAUGCUCGACGCCAGCCUCCCUGCUCUCCCCACUUUCGUCCCCCAGCGUGCACCACACGGGCCUCCGCGGCAUGUUCCAGUGCCAGUGGGCCGAGUGCCAGGUGUGCAUGUCGACCCUCGAGGAGCUGGCAGCACACGUCCAAAAGGACCACUUUGCGCAGAUGGCCUCCCCGCUCGUCGGCAAGCCGUGGACACCGAGCGUCGAGCCCUUCGCGCCCGCGCCGUCGACCCCAUGGAUGGCGCCGCCAGCUGCGCCGUCGUGGCCCGCGCUGCCCGCGGCGCCCACGGCCGAGGCGCUUGCGCACGGUGCGCCCGCAUCCGAGGGCCGCCAGCGGCAUUGCUGCGGCUGGAUUCACUGCACCGAAAGCUUCGAUACGCACGCCGAACUUACAGCCCACAUCGCGCAGGUGCAUGUUGGCUCCGGAAAGACCGAGUACGAGUGUGGGUGGGUCGGCUGUGAACGCGCGCAGCAAGGGCGCAAGUUCACACAGAAGCAAAAGGUGCUACGGCAUAUCCAGACACACACGGGCGACCGGCCCUAUGUGUGCCCCGAGUGCCACAAGCGGUUCAGUGAGGCCAACACCCUGGCGCAGCACAUGCGCAUUCACACAAACGAGCGCCCGUACAAGUGUGACUUCCCUGGCUGCAACAAGGCGUUUAGUGUCGUGGGCAGCCUCACGAUCCACAAGCGCACACACACCGGCGACCGCCCGUUCAAGUGCCCGUACCCCGGCUGCGGCAAGCAGUUCUCGGAGAGCAGCAACCUGAAUAAGCACAUUCGCGUGCACCGCGGCGAUAAGCCGUUCCGGUGCCCCGAGUGUGCACGCUGCUUUACGCGGCCGGACCAGAUGGCGCGGCACCGCAAGGUGCACGCCAAGGCGCGCGCCGCAGGGCCCCACCCCGCUGCGCCGCCGCCCGCCGCACCGGACGCCGCGCCGGUCGGCGGCCACCCAGGCACGGUGCAUGCCCACGGUGCCUGGGUCGUCAAACAGUGCCUCGCGACAGAGGCGUACUUUUACCAGGAGACGUGGGCGCCGUAUCCUAGCGUGGCGGCCGCGGCGCUCCAGGCGUGGAUGCCCGCCUGCUGGGGCAUUGCCGACGAGCAAGGGCACUGGCUGCCAGGGUGGCCCCAGCGCACGCUCCCGCCGCCCCCGCCGUGUGGGGCGUACACACUGUAUCUGGAGAAUCUUACGGCGCCGUUUGUGCGGGCGAACGUGUGCGAUAUCAAGCUCGGCACAGUGCUGUACGACGAGACGGCACCCCAAGUGACCCCAGAGAAGCGCGCCAAGAUGGAGCGCAAGGCGCGCGAGACGACGAGUGCAGAGCACGGGGUCCGUGUCACCGGCUGGUGUGCGUGGGACGAGCGCACGCAGGCAUUUUCGCUCGUAGGCAAGGAGCCCGGCCGCGCCGCCCGCACUCGUGGCGAUCUGUGCGACCUGCUGCGCCGCGCGCUCGGCACGGACGAUGCGCGACGCGCCCAGCUCGUGCGCACGCACCUGCUGCCGCGCCUCGGCGCCCUGCGCGAGGCCCUGGCGGCGAUGCCACUCCGCCUACGCAGUGCGAGCGUGCUUGUGGUGAUGGAAGGCGAUGCCGCUGCCCUCGAUGCGCGGCUCGCGACGGGCGGUCCCUGGCGCACUCCUAGGACUACAAGUGCUGUAUGA